AUGGUGAGGGGCUCGCAGCGCGGGGAGGACGGUGGAUUGCUGGCGUCGCAGCGGUGGCAGCCACGGCAGCCUGGCGGCGAGGGCGGGCGCGGCGCGCCCGGGCGCCAGCCAGGCGCCAUGUCGCAGCUUCUGGCAGACCGCCCGCCGCCGCGCGGCGACCGCGAGCGCCGCGCGCGGCAGCCCUGGCGCCGCGGCCAGCAGCAGCGGCGGGAGGGGGAGGAGGGGAAUGAGUUGGUGGAGGUGGAGGACGCGUCGGUCACGCUGCCUGCGGAGCUUCUCGACACGCCGCACGACAUCAUCACCCAGUUUGAGUAUGCGCUCAGGGACGCCGCUGACCCCCAGGCAGAGGCGGUGCCGAUCAGGGACCUUGUGACCGACAUUGGCGACCUGGCCAACAGCGACAACCUGGCGCUGCUCAAGUACUAUGUGACGCCGCAGGAAUGGCGCGCCUUCUCCUCAGGCAGCAUGGACACCGAGGAGCAGAACCAUCUGCUGGACCGGCUGGCCACGGCGCUGAUCGCCGACGAGCGGCACGUGGAGAAGAAGGAGGCGGUGGCGGCGGCGAUCGAUGCGGACCCCGACUAUGACAUCAUGGCCAGCCUGGGGUCGCGGCCGCAGCUGCGCGGCACCCGCCGCGUGGCGCCGGUGCCGCCGCGGGAGGAGGUUGAGGCGGAGAUCGAUGCCAGCAAGGAGAUGCUGAUGGAGGAGCACAGCAUGACCGAGGAGGAGUUUGAGGCGGCCAAGCAGGCCACGGUGCAGCAGAUGAUGGCGGCGGCGCACCAGGCGGCGGCGCCCGUGCUGCCCAACCACCUGUCCCAGGAGCGGCGGCUGAUGGCGCUGGUAGACAAGGCGCUGCCGCGGGACCACCCCCACUAUGCGGCCGCCAAGCAGCGGAUAGCGGUGCUGCAGGCCAACCCAGGCUGGUCCCAGGAGCGCAAGAUGGUGUUCACAAAGCGGCUCAUCAAGCGCCUCGCCUCGGCAUGA